CAUUGGCGAUCUCUUCUUCCUCAACUUUCCUUUUCUCUCCAAAAUUUCUUGACAUUCGAUUUGUUCGAUCUCUCCGAUUGAUUUCUUGAUUUUCUCCUCCCGAUUACUCCGAUCGUUCAGUUUCGAUAUUGUUGACCAGAAGUUUUCUUCCAAAUUGAAGAUCUCAGUCACUUUUUUGAUAUCUCAGGUUUGCUUCCCCGAUUAUGUCUUCUUCUUGCUUUCGGUUAGGGUUUCUGCUUCAUCGCGAUUCUCGUCAUCCUCCAUGCCUGGCUUUCCGAGGAGCUAGGGUUUCAACGAUGGGGAUUUUCGAUGGACUUUCGUCAGGGGUUUCCAUUUCGAUGGACUUCGCACUUCGCACUUCGCAGUUGGAUGAAACUAUCGGAGCCUUGGAUUGGAUUUUUAGGUCAUGAUUUUUCUCCAACUGUUGCUAAAAUACUCGAAAGAUCGUCCGUUGCUUGUGUGGAUUUAGGAUCGGCGUUCAUUGAGAAUGCAUUCUGGAUUUGAUUUCACGGGUUCACCUUCUGGGUUAGCAUCGGAGCGAUGGAACUCAUGUGCUCCUUGAUCAUGGAUCGUCAUGGAAGGAACAGUUUAUGCUUCGGUCUGUGGUUCAGUCUGCUAAAGUUCAUCUCUUCUCUUGUAUAGUAUGAAUCUCCAGGCAGCGAAGCGAUUCUCAGACAAGAAGACGGCUUGCGAAGUUAACAAAUAUCAAGACAAUGCAGCAGAAAUAGUUGUAAGAAGACCCGUGCGCCUUAUUACAAUAAACAAAGAAAUGGUCCUUAUAACGGUUCCAGGAAUUUGGUUUGGACACAGGAACAGUCCCGUCGUUCACCUGAUGACCAGUCACUGAAUAAGCGUUCCCGCAAUUUGGUUUGGACACAGGAACAGUCUCGUCAAUCACCUGAUGACCAGCCACAGAAGAACGCUGCUUAUGGUUCGACGAAAACACGUGUUUCUGGAGUUUCAGACAACACCCCGUACCAGCCCAGGAAUGAUGUUGCCUAUGUAUCUAAGAACUCGUCUGUUUCAAGCGUUCGAGGUUAUAGUUUAGAAAACGGCAUUACUCCCAAGUCCCAGUGAACUAUUUGCAAGUACUGGACAUCUGGAAGUUGCAAGUAUGGUGAACAAUGCCGUUUUUUGCACUCUUGGUGCUCUUGCCCUCGGUUUGAUAUGUUGGCUGCUCUUGAAGGACACAAGAAAGGAUUGCCCUUCCCUUGGAUUCCGAUGGAGUUUACUCUGCUAGUGAUGAUGGUACUCUGCGAGAAUGGGUCUAUAGCACUGGUCAAUGUAUGCGCGUGAUUAACCUCGGUGCUGAAGCAGGAUCUUUAAUCAGUGAGGGCCCAUGGGUCUUCAUUGGCAUGCCAAAUGCUGUAAAGGCCCUUAAUAUCCAGAGAGCUAAAGAUUUUCAUCUAGAAGGACCAGUUGGUCAGGUGCAUGCCAUGGCUGUUGCCAAUGACAUGCUUUUUGCUGGGGCCAGUUCUGGAAUGAUAUCAGUGUGGAACGGAAACACCGAGUCUGACCCGUUCAAGUAUGUUACCUCUCUCAAGGGCCAUGAUGGUGCAGUUGUGUGUUUUAUUGUUGGAGGUCGGUAUCUCUACUCUGGUUCCGUGGAUCAAACAAUAAAGGUGUGGGAUCUCAACACCUUGCAAUGCACAAUGACCCUGAGGCAGCAUACCGACACUGUCACAUCGCUUCUAUGCUGGGAUCAGUAUCUGAUAUCGGGUUCCUUGGACGGUACUGUAAAGGCUUUGGGCUUUUUCCCAAAUCGACUAGAGCAUGUAAGCCGAUUCAAAGUAAUGAUCUUCCCGAGAUUUAUUAAUCAAAACGAUCACAAAAUCACACGAAUUGAUCUCUCCUUGAAAAAGGGUGUUCGUGCUAUUUCUGGGAUGAUUGAUGCGGAUGCUAAACCCAUCAUAUUCUCUUGCGAGAACAAAACAAUCUACGUAUAUGAUCUACCAUCAUUCGCUGAACGGGGCAGGAUUUUCUUGAUGCACACUGUGGGAACGCUGAUGGUCGGUGGCGGCGGACAGAUCUACUCUGGAGACAGGAGUGGCAAACUAAGAGUGUGGAGCUUAGGGAACCACCAAAGUGUGGCUUAGGAUCAUAAUCCCACACAUUCUCGACCGACCAAACCUGCCUGUUCGUUGCUAAUUCUUUGAUUUAUGUAGACAACACUCACCAUUCUGACAUCUGUUACUGUUUUCGGUGCGAAGGGGGAAUUGGUUAUAUAGUCCAAAGAAGUUGGAAGACAUUGUGAAACAAACAGGUUCUUUCAAGAGAUUCUUCUUCUUUUUGCAUCCUUUUCCUCUUUUUUUUUUUUCUUUUUGCCAGAAAUUGCUGGUUAUAAUGCAAGACAUGAUUAAAUGUGUAGAGAGGAUACUUCAAGAAUCAAAGAUUGGAUUGAUGAAAUA